GCUCUGCUGGGCAAGAAGGACUUCUGGAGGAAGAUGUUCAAGUCGCAGAGUGCCGCCAGCGACACCAGCAGCCAAUCAGAGCAGGACACGUCAGAGUGCACCACCGCCCACUCGGGCACCACCACGGACCGACGCACCCGCUCGCGAUCCCGACGUAUCUCCCUGCGCAAGAAGCUCAAGCUGCCCAUCGGUACGUGGCAGUGCCCCCCACAGUACCACAGCGCCACCCUGUGUCCAUCUAUGGAAAUGACGAUUCAUUCUGGUGAUGUCAUCCUCUAAGGGUCAAAUCCUGAUCUCUCAUUAACCAGGUUUCCAUCUAACCUUUUUAUGCGAGUAAAGUACAUGUUAGACAAAACAUUUCAUGACAAGCCUGAUGGAAACAUAAUUUUUUUCAGUAAACGUUACAAAUGUCGACAAAACAAAAUACGCUAGACAAGGUGGGAUCUUUUUUUCAGUAAAAUGAAUUAUGCGAGAAGUGUCGGUGGAAACGCUGAUAUAAUAACCAUUAUGUCGAAGUAAACUUGGAGUCACACGAUGACAUGUGUGACAUCCUCCCACUACGACUAGUCUGGAAAGCAUACAGUUUAUCAGGCUACAGAUGAAAUAAGUUAUGAUGAACUUCACAAGGUGGUGAAAGUGCACAGUGUUGAGCUUGAUGCUCCUUUCCAAUAAAUAUCGAGGGUCUUAUUCUGGUGACAUGAUCAUCGAUGCUUGGCUGCCGUUUGACAAAUAAAAAUAAUCUCGCUCUUUUGUCCAUUAUAAUCUCAUCAUGUAGGCUAUAUGUGCGAGCACAUGCCAAUACCAGAGUGGGCACACUCGCUAUAUAACCCAUUUAACUUGAAUUUGUUAUUCGGUACACAGGAAUUUAACCGCAAAAGGUAUUUUUAUGCACUACAUUAUCAUGCACAGCCUUUUAUCUGUCUAUUUGAUGGAAACACAUACAGUGCAUUCGAAAAGUAUUCAGACCUCUUUACUUUUCCCACAUUUUGUUACGUUACAGCCUUAUUCUAAAAUGGAAUAAAUAGAUUUUUUUCCUCAUCAAUCGACACACAUUACCCCAGAAUGACAAAGCAAAAAACUGGUUUUAAGAAAUGUUUACACAUUUAUUUAAAAUAAAAAACAGAAAUACCUUAUUUACAUAAGUAUUCAGACCCUUUGCUAUGAGACUCGAAAUUGAGCUCAGGUGCAUCCUGUUUCCAUUUAUCAUCCUUGAGAUGAAGUCUCUGUGGUAAAGUCCACCUGUGGUAAAUUCAAUUGAUUAUACAUGAUUUGGAAAGGCACACACCUGUCUGUAUAAGGUCCCACAGUUGACAGUGCAUGUCAGAGCAAAAACCAAGCCAUGAGGUCAAAGGAAUUGUCCGUAGAGCUCCGAGACAGGAUUUUGUCGAGGCACAGAUCUAGGGAAGGGUACCAAAACAUUUCUGCAGCAUUGAAGGUCCCCAAGAACACAGUGGCAUCCAUCAUUCUUAAAUGGAAGAAGUUUGGAACCACCAAGACUCUUCCUAGAGCUGGCCUCCCGGCCAAACUGAGCAAUCAGGGGAGAAGGGCCUUGGUCAGGGAGGUGACCAAGAACCCGAUGGCCACUCUGACAGAGCUCCAGAGUUCCUCUGUGGAGAUGGGAGAACCUUCCAGAAGAACAACCAUCUCUGCAGCAGGCCUUCAGGCCUUUAUGGUAGAGUGGCCAGACGGAAGCCACUCCUCAGUAAAAGGCACAUGACAGCCCGCUUGGAGUUUGCCAAAAGGCACCUAAAGGACUCUCAGACCAUGAGGAAUAAGAUUCUCUGGUCUGAUGAAACCAUGAUUGAACUCUUUGGCCUGAAUGCCAAGUGUCACGUCUGGAGGAAACCGGGCACCGCUCAUCACCUGGCUAAUACCAUCCUACGGUGAAGCAUAGUGGUGGCAGCAUCAUGCUGUGGGGAUGUUUUUUAGUGGCAGGGAUUUGGAGACUAGUCAGGAUCGAGGGAAAGAUGAAUGUAGCCAAGUACAGAAAGAUCCUUGAUGAAAACCUGCUCCAGAGUGCUCAGGACAAUGACCCUAAGUACACAGCAAAGACAACGCAAGAGUGGCUUCGGGACAAGUCUCUGAAUGUCCUUGAGUGGCCCAGCCAGAGCCCAGACUUAAACCCGAUCUAACAUCUCUGGAGAGACCUGAAAACAGCUGUGCAGCGACGCUCCCCUUCCAACCUGACAGAGCUUGAGAGGAUCUGCAGAGAAGAAUGGGAGAAACUCCCCAAAUACAGGUGUGCCAAACUUGUAGCGUCAUACCUAAGAAGACCUGAGGCUGUAAUCGCUGCUAAAGGUGCUUCAACAAAGUACUGAGUAAAGGGUCUGAAUACUUAUGUAAAUGUGUAUCAUGAAUGUGUCAUUCUCUGUCUUAACUGGAGUGUAGUGAUGAACUCAUAGCUCCAGUAUAUGGGUUGUGUGUAGGCUAACAUCAUGUUUCUGUCGGCUAACAUCAUGUUUCUCUAGGCUAACAUCAUGCUUAUGUAGAUUAACAUCAUGUUUUGUAGGCUAACAUUAUGUAACAUCAUGUUUCUGUAGGCUAACAUCAUGUUUCUGUAGGCUAACUUUGUGUUUCUGUAGGCUAACAUCAUGUUUCUGUAGGCUAACAUCAUGUUUCUGUAGGCUAACAUCAUGUUUCUGUAGACUAACAUCAUAUUUCUCUAGGCAAACAUCAUGUUUCUGUAGGCUAACUUUGUGUUUCUGCAGGCUAACAUAAUGUCUCUGUAGGCUAACAUCAUGUCUCUGUAGGCUAACUUCAUGUUUCUGUAGGCUAAUUUCAUGUUUCUGUAGGCUAACAUCAUGUUUCUGUAGGCUAACAUCAUGUUUCUGUAGGCAACAUCAUGUUUCUGUAGGCUAACAUCAUGUUUAUGUAGGCUAACUUUGUGUUUCUGUAGGCUAACAUCAUGUUUCUGUAGGCUAACAUCAUGUUUAUGUAGGCUAACAUCAUGUUUCUGUAGACUAACAUCAUAUUUCUCUAGGCAAACAUCAUGUUUCUGUAGGCUAACUUUGUGUUUCUGCAGGCUAACAUAAUGUCUCUGUAGGCUAACUUCAUGUCUCUGUAGGCUAACUUCAUGUUUCUGUAGGCUAAUUUCAUGUUUCUGUAGGCUAACAUCAUGUUUCUGUAGGCUAACAUCAUGUUUCUGUAGGCAACAUCGUGUUUCUGUAGGCUAACAUCAUGUUUCCGUAGGCUAACAUCAUGUUUCUGUAGGCUAACUUCACGUGUCUGUAGACUAACAUCAUAUUUCUGUAGGCAAACAUCAUGUUUCCAUAGGCUAACUUUGUGUUUCUGUAGGCUAACAUAAUGUCUCUGUAGCCUAACUUCAUGUCUCUGUAGGCUAAUUUCUGUAGGCUAAAAUCAUGUUUUUGUAAGAUAACUUCCUGUUUCUGUAGGCUAACAUCAUGUUUCUGUAGGCUAACUUCCUGUUUCUGUAGCCUAACAUCAUGUUUCUGUUGUACGGGUGAUGAGUAGACAAUUCAUCUCUUUUUGGUCUUCUUUGUGUUCCUUUUGUCCCUAGCAUGCCGUGGGACUGUUCACCUUCCAAUUACCAUCUCUGUCUUACGUAUGUCUGUGUGUGUGUGUGCUUCACAGACCCUCUUUGUUUGUUGUGUAGAACUGCUCCUAUGUGCUCCAUCAUGUUUCUAUAGGCUAACUUCGUGUUUCUGUAGGCUAACAUCAUGUUUCUGUAGGCUAACAUCAUGUUUCUGUAGGCUAACACAUUUCUGUAAGCUAACAUCAUGUUUCUGUAGGCUAACUUCGUGUUUAUGUAAGCUAACAUAAUGUCUCUGUAGACUAAUUUCAUGUCUCUGUAGGCUAAAUUCAUGUUUCUGUAGGCUAACACGUUUCUGUAGGCUAACAUCGUGUUUCUGUAAGCUAACAUCAUGUUUCUGUAGGCUAACAUCAUGUUUCUGUAGGCUAACUUCCUGUUUCUGUAGGCUAACAUCAUGUUUCUGUAGGCUAACUUCCUGUUUCUGUAGGCUAACUUCCUGUUUCUGUAGGCUAACAUCAUGUUUCUGUUGUACGGGUGAUGAGUAGACAAUUCAUCUCUUUUUGGUCUUCUUUGUGUUCCUUUUGUCCCUAGCAUGCCGUGGGACUGUUCGCCUUCCAAUUACCAUCUCUGUCUUACGUAUGUCUGUGUGUGUGUGUGCUUCACAGACCCUCUUUGUUUGUUGUGUAUAACUGCUCCUAUGUGCCUUGUCCUAUGAUCAAGUGUUUUAUGCUAUCCUGUCUGCAUUUGUGUGGAUUCACUUUUAUUCGUGUUUAUGGUUCUGUGUGUGCGUGUGUGUAUUCAGUAUGUGUUCUGCCUAUAUGUGUUUGUCUCGAUGUAUAAGUGUGAUGUUUACCCCCUCUGCACUCCUCUGUCCCUCCCUCCAUCCAUCCCUCCAUUCCUCUGACUGGGGUGGGGUGGGGUGUGUUUGCAGGGAACUGGCUUAAGCGGUCAUCUCUCUCUGGGCUGACCGACGGGGUUGAGGACUUGCUGGACAUCAGCUCUGUGGACCGACUCUCCUUCAUCCGCCAGAGCUCCAAGGUCAGGGGUCACCUACUGACCACAAGGGGCCUGUCUCUCACAACUGUUUACUUCAGUGCUCUUCAACCCUGUUCCUGGAGAACGACCCUCCUGUAGGUUUUCGCUCCAACCCCAGUUGUAACUAACCUGAUUCAGUUUAUCAACCAGCUAAUUGUUAGAAUCAGGUGUGCUAGAUUAGGGUUGGAGUGAAAACUUACACGGUAUCUCUCCAGGAACCUGGUCUACUUACCACCAUGGGCUGAUGUAUAACCUUUUCUCACUACUGAGCUGAGCCCACCAUGUGCUCUUGUAUUGUAACUGGGCAUUUUGAUCAUUUCUAAGGGAUAUACAAGCAAAUCUAUUUAAUGACAAAAUGACUAGUUAGAUCACAGCUUUGUGUUUCUUUUGUUUACAACUUGUUAUUUCUGUUUAUUUAUUCAUGACUUAUUAUUAUAAGUUAUUUAUCUUUUAAAUGCUACAUAUUAUUUUUUCUACUGCCGGUGGUGUUGACAGUCUUUUCUCUGUCUCUGCCUGCAGGUGAAGUUCACCAGCAACGUGAAGCUGUCGGAGGGCGGCGGGGGAGCGGGGGGCGUGGAGUACGGCCGGGACGAGGAGGAGAAUUUCUUCAAGCGGCUCGGUAAAUGGCGGUCUGGCAGGCGGAACCCAUCCAAGCUUCACCACACAGAAGAGAAAGAUGGUAGACCCCCGGGGUGUCCCCUAUCACCCCCCCCCCGCCCGCUCGCCCGCUCGCUCCCUCACCCCGCCCGCCGCUCUGUGUGUGUGUGCCUGACUGUCCUGUCCCGUCCGUAGUCUGUCCGUGGUCUGUCCGUUGGUCUGCCCUGUGCGUCCAGUGCUCUGUCCUCUCUCUGCCGCCAUCUUUCAUGCCAGUGGUGUUUGUGUGUAUUUGUCAGCCACUGCCUGUGCAAGCCUCAGGCAGAUUGAGGGGGGGAGACCCCUAGCCCCAUACAUGAUGCCCUAGACUCAUACAUGAUGCCCUAGACUCAUACAUUAUGCCCUAGACUCAUACAUGAUGCCCUAGUCUCAUACAUGAUGCUCUAGCCCCAUACCUGAUGCCCUAGACUCAUACAUGAUGCCCUAGACUCAUACAUUAUGCCCUAGACUCAUACAUGAUGCCCUAGACUCAUACAUGAUGCUCUAGCCCCAUACCUGAUGCCCUAGACUCAUACAUGAUGCCCUAGACUCAUACAUGAUGCCCUAGACUCAUACAUUAUGCCCUAGCCCCAUACAUGAUGCCCUAGCCCCAUACAUUAUGCCCUAGACGCAUACAUGAUGCCCUAGAUUCAUACAUGAUGCCCUAGACUCAUACAUGAUGCCCUAGACUCAUUCAUGAUGCCCUAGCAAGGGGCAAUCUCCAGAAGUAAUAUUAACCAUCAGCUUUUCAAGCAAAUGCCCAUUGAACUUCAGUCAUGUCUUUUAGCUCACUGGACAGUCCCUUGUCACCUCUGCCCAGUGCCCACACCUACAGUCCUUUAUUGUCCCACUGUAUUAUCCCCCAUUAGGUGUUUUUUGUCCCAGGGGUCUGUUCCAUCCCUGUUUAAUGGCAGCCAUGUCGAACUCUUCUCCUGGCUAGAGGACGCUCCAUGGUCCUUCUGCUUACCCGGCGCAAUCUAGCCACAUACGGAUACCUCCAUGUCCUCCAAUGUCCCCAUGGACAUGAGAGACAGGUAGAGGGACAGGGAGAAGGAGGGAGAGAGGGACAAGACGGGUAGAGGGACAGAGAAGAGGAGAGGGGGGUAGAGAGGGGGACUUUACACUUUACAUGUGUGGCGCAUGAUGCUGUAACUGUUGUCAUACAGUAUGUCUUCGUUGAACCACCUAUCUCAUUAUGGAUAGAAAUAAAGUCAUCAUAUUUGUUUAAUGUUCCACAUUUCUUAGCUUAAUGACCGUGUGUCCAGCUUUCUCUCCAGCUUCAUUUGUUGAGUGGCUCGAUGGUGCUUUCCAUUCAAUGGAUUCAGACAUUACCUAGUCAUGCAAUGUUCUAUGGGCAGCCUGUUCUCUCGUUCUUUUGUGUGAUCAUGUUGCUAUAUGGGUGUGUCAUUCAUGCCAGCACUCGCAAAGAUAAUGCCCAGAGCCCUGAGUUUUUCCUGGUUAGAUCACAUGGUCAGAAAAACCUCCAGGCUCUAGUUAUGCUGUAGAAUAGAGGUCCAGGCCCAGAUGGCCCUAGUCUGCCCUACUCACCUCUUGUCUCUGUUACUGCUGUCUCUGUCUCUAUCUAUAUCUCUCUUCUCCCCCUAUCACUCCCUCCCCCUCCCCCUCUUUCUCUCUCUCUCUCUCUCUCUCUCUCUCUCUCUCUCUCUCUCUCUCUCUCUCUCUCUCUCUCUGUUAUCCUCCUAUCCCUCCCUCCCUCCUCCUUCCCCUCUUCCUCCCCCCUCUCUAUCUAUCUAUCUAUCUAUCUAUCUAUCUAUCUAUCUAUCUAUCUAUCUAUCUAUCUAUCUAUCUAUCUAUCUAUCUAUCUAUCUAUCUAUCUAUCUCUAUCUAUCUCUCUCUCUCUAUCUCUCUAUCUCUCUAUCUCUCUAUCUCUCUAUCUCUCUAUCUCUCUAUCUCUCUAUCUCUGUUCUCGCCCUAUCCCUCCCUCCCUCCCCUCAUCCCCUCUUCCUCUCCCCUCUCUCUCUCCUCCUCCCCUCCCCUCCCCCUCCUUCCCACCCCUCCCUCUCCUCUACCCUUCCCCAUCCUUCCCAUACCUCAUCUCCGCUCCCCCUCUCUCUCCCUCUCCUCUACCCUUCCCCAUCCUUCCCAUACCUCAUCUCCCCUCCCCCUCUCUCUCCCCCUCCCGCUCCCUUCCUCCUCCACCAGGCCCACAGGGGUUCCAGGAGCGCCUGGCAGCCAGCCAGGAGGCCAUGAAGAACAAGAACGUGGUGAACCUGGGCGCCAUCCGCCAGGGCAUGAAACGCUUCCAGUUCCUGUUGAACUGCUGCGAGCCCGGCACCAUCCCCGACGCAUCCAUCCUGGCUGCUGCGCUCGACCUGGUCAGUUAUACUGUAGUCUCAGGCUGGAGUUCAAUGAAACCGGUCAUAUGAAUGUUUACACAGUGUCUUUGUUUAAUUCAGUGUUUUUCAAUCCUGUCCUCUGGAUUCCCCACCCUUAACACAUAUUUCAUCUGAUCCAAUACUAGCACAUCUGAUUCAAUGAAUCAAUGAUCAAUCAACUGCUGUAUACUCCUGUGAGGGGAGUCUGCCAUGUAGCAAUAGGCAGUUCUUAUUAGACUCAACCGUUCUGGAAUGUUAUUUGACAGAGGGAAAAAUGUGUAAAUAUUGCAAUAUGGGAUUGAUUGAAUUGAGCUUUCAGUGAUCUGACAGGACAUUAUUGUACAUCCUGGUGUCCGACAGGAAGCUCCCGUGGUUGCCAGAGCCUCCCUGUUCCUGGAGUGCGCCCGCUUCGUCCACCGCUGUAACCGUGGCAACUGGCCCGAGUGGAUGAAGGGUCACCACGUGAACAUCACCAAGCGGGGUCUGUCUCGGGGACGCUCGCCCGUGGUGGGCAACAAGAGGAACCAGAAGCUCCAGUGGAACGCAGCCAAGCACUUCUGUCAAUGGGGAGAUGUGAGUGACUGUCUGAUGGGACCAACUAUCAAAUUAUUCUACUGACCGAAAUUGUAUAUGAAGACAGGCGCUAAUAGUGUGUGUGUGUGCGUGCGUGUGUGUGUGGCUCUGCGUGUGUGUGUGUGUGUGGCUUUGUGUGUGUGUGUGUGGCUUUGUGUGUGUGUGUGUGUGUGUGUGGCUGUGUGUGUGGUCUUCCUCUCCCAGGCCAUUGGUACACGUCUCAGUGAGUUGUGCCACUCAGACAGCGAGAGUCCUGCCAACAUCCUGGGUUUCAUCUACGACGAGGAGACCAAGCGAAGGAUGAGAAAGGAGGACGAGGAGGAGGACUACUUAGACGACAGUAAGCCAUAGAAAAGGAAAACUUCACCUUAUAGGGAAAUAUAGUUCACAGAAAUGUAUUUUUGUAUUUUGAGUAAACUAUCCCUUAAAAAAAAAAAAGGCAGUUAACCCCCUGAAGUUGGUGUCUGCACCCCCACGGAAAUCUAAUUAGCAUAAUACACAAAUCCCCAUAAAGAUCUGUGAGUUUAAGCUAGAGAUAUCAGGUUUAUUGCAUCAAUCCACCGCAUCCGCCGAUGUCGCACUUCCGCAUCUGCGGUGAAAGGUGACAGAGCUAGAGCGGUGUUUGUCAGACCAUGAGACAUCCCGAAAAUCAGUCUUCUCACAAAUUCGUCUAUAGCGUCCAAACAGGUUGGCCCCUCUAUGGAAAGAUGAGACUCUCACGAGCACACUGGUGUUCUCUAUUUUGCUCUACGACCCCUACAAGCGUCUUUGGACUCGUCUAAAGUCGGCAUAGCCAACUUCUGUCUGUAGCGUCCGAACGGUUUGGUCUACACACUAAUAUGACCCCUCUUAGACUCUUAUGGGUUAAGCCAAAUUUUGACCCAAAAUAUCCGUCCCCAGAUACAGUCAACCCAACAAAAUGCGGCUGUCCUUUCGCUCUCAAGAUGGCCGCCUGCCAGUUGCUGCUGGAGAUCACCACGUUCCUCAGAGAGACAUUCCCCUGCCUCCCCCGGCCACGCACAGAGCCCCAAGUGGUCAGUAGGAGAACUUCACUUACUUGACACUCACUCACUCCUCUCAUCUAAUGCAAUCAUAUCCCUAUAAAUCAAUUGGUGAGUGUGUGUGUGUUCGCGCAUAUUUGUGUCUUUACGUGUGUGUGUGUGUGUGUGCGUGUCUGUCUGUUCGUAUGUGUGUGUCCGUGUGUGUGUGUGUAUGUCUAUCCGUGUGUGUGUGUGUGUCUGUGUGUGUGUGUGUGUGUGUGUAUGUCUAUCCGUGUGUGUGUGUGUGUCUGUGUUGUGUGUGUUUGUAGGAUUUGGAGAGCUGUCGAUUGAGGCUGGACCCUGAGCUGAGUCACCACCGCUAUGAGAGGAAGAUCAGCUUCGCCGGUAUCCUAGACGAUGAGGACGGCCACGACUCUCUGAACAGCAGCAGCCACACGCUCAAGUCUGACACGGCCUGCGACGACAAGAAGGCCCAGGAGCCUCUGGGUAAUUGAGUUCUGCUGGGUCAUGAUGGUCCCUGUCAGAUGAAAACCUCUUAUCUCUAAAACAGAAACUUUUCAGGAAAUGGAAAAAAACAGCCAUAUUUUCCCAUUAAGAAACAUACAAUUAUGAAACUUCAAAGCUAUUCAGAUAACAUGUUCUUGGGGGGAAAAUGCUAUUCUACACAUUUUGUCAUGUUGCUGUUUUAAAGCUAAUUUCCUGCAAUUCUACACAUUUUGUUAUCAUAUGCUAUCUGGGGGGCCCCCAACCUCCAGAGUGCCCACAACCUCCCCCCAACCCCAACAAAUUGGUUGUGGGCCCCCUGGAGGUCUGGGGCCCCAAGUCACAAGCCCUGUGUGUCCGUUCAGUAAUCCGGCCCUGUAUGUGUGUGCCUUGUAUAAAGUGUUCCCAAGAUGUUUUAUACCCAGUCUAUGGGUAGCAUGGGACUUCAUAAACCAAGUGAGAUUGGGAACUAACCUUUUGAAUUCACUCCACCCCCCACCCCUGUCGGUCCAGCUCCCAUCAGGAAGAGUCGUAUCGGGGGCUCUCGCCUGCUGCAGAUCAAGGGGGCUAGGAGUUUCAGGGUGAAGAAGGGGGGCUCGCUGUCCUCCAUCCGCCGGGCCGGCAGCCUGAAGAGCACCAAGAUGUCCCGCCAGGACUCAGAGUCAGAGAACGAGGAGGGACUGCUGUCCCAGAGCAGGGACACUGUCACUGACAUAGGUAACAACACACUAACCACUGAUCUCGGAUCAGAUUCCCAACCCCACAUCCUAACCUUGACCAUUAGGUGGGUGAAUAAGAUCUGAUGACAACUUCUACUGCCACCCAUACACAGACGUAGGCACCCUAUACCCGACAUAGUGCACUACUUUUGUCCAGAGCCCUAUGGAACCCUAUUGACCUACUACUCAGUCAUAGUAGUCACCUGUCAUUCAGACGUAGACAACAACUCUAUAUCAAAAUGUAAUGUAUAGCAUUCAUUGUCAUCUGUCCCGUUUGGGUAGUUAACUCAAUGAUGAACUAUGUUUGUUUGUUUGGGAGACGCAAAAUAACGGAUUUCCACAAGGAGAGUCUGUGAAGUAAACUGAUACAGUAUCGUUGUGUGUGUGUGUGUGACAUCACAGGAAGUCCAUGGAGCACCAGUGAACCCAGUAUUGAGCCUGAGGGUUCAGGAGGCGGCGCAGAGGACAACUACCACAGUAACAUGUCCUGGCUACAUGUAGGUGCUGCGCGUGUGUGUGUGUGUGUGUGUGUGUGUGUGCGCGUACUUGUACGUGCGUACCUAUAUGCGUGCAUUCAACUUAGCAUACUCGUUUGUGUACUGUACAGAGCAUGUGUGUGCGAUGCAUUCACCUGACCACACAUGCUAUAAAGCUAGCACAUUUCCCUCAUCAACCCCAUUCAUCCUGUCUAGUCUAACUGUUGCUCCCUCUGUUAUCUUCCUCUGUAGAUCAUGAUUCUGCUGUGCAACCAGCAGAGUUUCAUCUGUACCCACGUGGAGUUCUGCCACCCACGCUGCUACCAGCACCACAGCCGCUCCUGUGCCCGCCUGGUGCGCGCCAUCAAGCUGCUCUAUGGGGAGACAGUGGACAGCCUGAGAGAAGACAGUGCAGGGAACAUCAGUAGCCGGUCCAAGAAAAACAAGGAGGUGGGUGCAGUGUGGAGUGGAUUGAAAUGUAUUGAAGUGAUGUGAAGUGGAGUGGAUUGAAAUGUAUUGAAAUGAUGUGAAGUGGAGUGGAGUGGAUUGAAAUGUAUUGAAAUGAUGUGAAGUGGAGUGGAGUGGAUUGAAAUGUAUUGAAGUGAUGUGAUGUGAUGUGAUGUGAUGUGGAGCGGUUUGAUGAUACUGUAACUAAAGUGUCUUCCUUUCUUUGUGUCUCCAGUGUUCAGACAAGUCAUGUCUGAGGACCCCGUCCAUGAAGAGACGCCCCAAAGACUCCAACACAGAGGGCAAGAAGGACACGGGCAUGCUCAAGUAUAUCCGCAACCAGGUGCCCACCUACAGCCCUCAUGCCAACGCAUGCCCUAAUAGCCAUAGCAUGUGCCAGAGCGUCUGUCUGUCUGUCUGUCUGUCCGUCCGUCAGCCUGUCUGUCUGUCUGUCUGUCCGUCAGCUUGUCUGUCUGUCUGGUCGUCAGCCUGUCUGUCUGUCUGUCUGUCCGUCAACCUGUCUGUCUGUCUGUCUGUCCGUCAGCCUGUCUGUCCGUCCGUCAGCCUGUCUGAAGCAGCGUGUCAACAGAUGCCACUGUGUCGCCACAUGCUUGUUUAUCUAGAGCAAGAUGCCAACCACAUGCCAAGAUGCCCUCACCCCACGCCCACACGCUUCUGCCCACUCAAACACAUAAUCUCUAACUCUACUACUGAAGUAGCAUGCUAACUAGCUAGCGGCCCUCUCAGCCCACUCAAAUAUAUUGCAGUACCGUGCAAUAUCAUACUAAUACAAGCUAUAGGCCUACAGCAGCAAUGGUAUCUCCACUAGCAUGCUAAUGCUAACCCUGGCUGUCUGUGGUCUAUGGCCUUUCCCUUCAGGUGAUGAGCCUGUCCCUGCCCCCUCUGUCCCUAGCAUGCUAUACAAGCUAUAUGCCCACACUAGCAAUGCUGUCAGAUCUCCACUAGCAUGCUAAUGCUAACCCUUGCUUGCUGUGACCUCUCCCCUCAGGUGAUGAGCCUGUCCCCGGCUCCUCUGUCACUGCUGAUCAAGGCGGCGCCCAUCCUGACAGAGGACAUGUACGCGGACGUCCAGCCUGCAGCCUGGGAGCUCCUGCUGAGUGUGGACGAGCAUAUGGCUGCCGCUGCAGGUGACUACAGAGAACUGUGGGUGACUGUCAUGGAUAGCAGGGUUUCUGUUCUAAAAAGUCCCCUUUAAUGUCUGUAGACUAGAGCUACAAGUUAUUCCAAGUCUAUUCUGGUGAGAUAUUCUGGGCUCCACUCCAAACUCUGAAGUUGCGCUCACUUUUUAGAAUAGGAAUAGAGUUUAAAAUGUAGUAUCUUUUUUUGUCCCACCAUCUUUCUGUCUCUCUACUCUCUCUCUAUAUCUCUCUUUCUCCCUCUCUUUCGCCCUCUCUCUCUGUCCAUCCCCCCUUCUCUCUCACCCUGCCUCCCUUUAUCCCUCUCUCUCUAACCCCCCCUCCUCUCCCCCCUCCCCAGCUGCCAUGUUCUUGCUGUGUGCGGUGAAGGUGCCCGACGCGGUGACGGAGAUGAUGAUGGCUGAGUUCCAGCACGCUGAGGUGAGCCAGCGCAUCAACUCUGUGUUCAAGUUCUACACGCUGUGGCGCUUCCGCUACCAGGUGUGGCCACGCAUGGAAGAGGGUGCCCAGCAGAUCUUCAAGGUACAGUAGAACCGCAGCCUCUACUAAAACAACUGUUAGUCAAAAUGAGGAGUUGACAACGGGUGUCCCCCAAGGUUCUAUUCUAAGUCCUGUGGCUUUUCAUUAUUUACAUAAAUGAUCUUGACUCUAAAGUUUAGGCCUCUUGCUAAGUCUCUUGCUUUGUUGAAUCAUUUGCUCAUGAACUAAUCCUCUAUAUAAUCCUCCAUAUUUUAGAUCCCUCCGCCCAGCAUCAACUUCACCCUGCCCUCACCUAUCCUGGGCAUGCCCUGUGUGCCCAUGUUCGACCCGCCCUGGGUACCCUCCAACACUGGCAGCGUCCAAGACCCAAUCAACGAGGACAACUCUGUAAGUCCCGCCCCUGCUGCCUGGGUUACUGUCCAAUCGGCAGUUACUUAAAGAAUUUACAAUGAGCCUAGUGGUUGACCAAUUUUUGCUAUAAUCCAAAGUUUCUGCCAUUUUAAUUUAGCAUGUAUAUUGAAUUACAUGGACAUAACACUAUUAAUUGAAUUGGUAUGUGGAGUUGCAUCUUUUUUACUGACCUUACUAAUUAGCCCAUUAUGCUACAACUGUUAUAGUAACACUUUGUACUGUUAUACCAGUGUAUUUAUUCCCUGUGUUCGCUAUGGCACCAAGAAAUGAGCUUUAGAGGACUGAUAGCACAAGUCUCCUUACAAAGUUCACAAACAGUACAAUAUUAUGCUACUAAAUUGAUAGUCGGCCAUGACACUUUCUGGCUUCAUUUCUUGGUGUUGCUAUGCUUUUUUUUUUGUCUAGCAUGAAAACCCCAAAACGAUGUAUUCAGAUCACUUGUCAUUUGAUACUAGAUCAGCUCUAGACUGGUCAUUGUACUGUCUGGAGUACAAUAGUCCUGUCUGUUAUUUAUCUAUCUAUCAACUGUCUUUGUUUUUAGUUCCCCACAUUUAUUCAAUCAGUCUAUUCCAUAGUAAGUUGUUAUUUAUGUACGGAUGCUUGUUUGGGUGCAUCAUGGGAAACUGAGUUCAUCUUUGAUGACUGAAUGAGACAAAAUUCAGAGCGAUAUCUGUCCAUUCCCAGCGGGCAAAAGUUUGGCACAUGGGGUCUUAAUAAUGUCAUGUUCUCAUUGUAAACUGGUUGAGAAGACGUCAGAUAACGAGAUUACAACCAACUGGUCUCUGUUACAACCAGGUAAAAACAUAUUUUUCAUGACGAAAUGAAUGCAUCCUCAGAAAGACGUUAUAUUUUGAUUGAUAUCUGGUCAGAUAACCUGAUUCCAACCAGAUAAAGAUGUAUUUUUCUGGUUGCAAAUAAGAGUUCAACACAAUGUCCAUUAUACAACCAGUAUACAACCGGACCAUGCAUGACGUCAUUGAAAGACGUCAUAACGACGUCAUUGCAACCAGUUUUGCCUGCUGGGUUGUCUGACUCUCCCCAAACAUUAAGACCUAGGGGGAGGUGCUAUACUAGGGGACCUCAUACGGGCCAUUCUGGAUACAUGCAUCUUAUACAAGCCACUCCACGUUUUAUGUACUGUAAUGUCCGGCCUUCUUUUGGGAAAGCUGCAUGCAUUGGUCAUUUUGCAUGGAUAUACAAUGCAUGGCUAAUGACGGCCAUUUUGUAAUUGUUCAAACGUCAACAUUUUCACGUCACUCUGUCAAACAUCCACUGUAAUAUCUCUGUUGGUGCCGGUAAGAAUGUUCAAAUGAGCUUUUGCACUGGAUAUACUCUCCUGAUGGAUUCUCUUGUGAGUCAAAAUACGUUUGCAUAUAGUACGUUUCACUGACAACUAUUUACAAUAGUAAAUAAUUGAUACCUGAGCAUGGUGUAGUUGAUAUAGGGUUGCAAAAUGUAGUUAACUUUCCCAAAAUUCCCAUGAUUCCGGCUUUUUCCCUCAUGAUUCCGGAUAUUUACAAUUUGGGAAAGUUACCGUAUUUUACAACCCUAAUCUGUCAAUGUUUCCAGUCGUAUCCAGAGAAUAUAACGGCAUGUGUCAUCCAUAUAUAACUGUCAGGAAGAGACAAAUAGUUGACAUUACCAAAUGUUCACCGGACGCCAUUAUUGUAAUUGUACUACAUACAGGACCCCCUGAGAAUGAACCUAUCCCACAGUCCCCUUCCCUGAGCCUCUAUGUGUUAUAUCUCCCACCCCAUACACACGGCCAACACACACACACACACACACACACACACACACACACCACCUCACCCCACGCCUAUCCCACAUGCGCACUCCACUCCUCCACACACACCCACACGCCUUUCCACACACACACACACACACACACACACACACACACACACACACACACACACACACACACCACCUCUUACAGAAAUCCUUCUCGGCGCGGGCCGUGUCGCGCUCCCACCAGCGUGCCGAGCACAUCCUGAAGAACCUGCAGCAGGAGGAGGAGAAGCGGCGUCUUGGGCGCGAGGCCAGCAUCAUCACAGCCAUCCCCGUGGCCCAGGAGGCCUGCUACGAACCCACCUGCAGCCCCCCGCCCGAGCAGGAGGAGGAAGGUGGGUGGGACGGACAUGGAGCGCUGGAGACAUCUCUCUUUUUUCAUUUGUUAUUCAUUUUAGGUGUUAAUGCAAGUGAUAAAGCCCCUGUCCCAUUCAGGAAACCACUGAUUCUGAUGUAUUUUGGAGAAGCACUAACUGAACUGAACAUCUAAGAAUAAACCUAGAACCUAUGUAUUUAGGUUUUCUGAGGGGGCUUUACCCCUCUUCAAAAAUGACAAAAACGACAAGUUAGCUGAACCUCUACUGUUGCCUACACCCCAGAUAACAACACUACCAUCGAGUCCACAACUACAGUGCUUAGUUGCAAUACACCUUGACUAAUGGUGUAAUACACCUUGAAUAAUGCAGUCAGUCAGCCAGCCACUGGUAGUUUCAUGUUGCGACUGACUCUGAACCCUCUCCUCCCCGCCAGCAGAAGAAGUGGUCAACCUGGCGUCCCGCCGCAUGUCCGUCACUCCGUCCUGCACCUCCAGUAACUCUCACAGGAACUACUCCUUCCGCCGCGGCUCCGUGUGGUCAGUCCGCUCCGUGGUCAGCACCGAGGGUAAGACUGCGUUACCGUGGCAACCACUCACCGCCCACUCGCUUGUAGGGGUCAUGUCCCAGUGUCCAUACUAGGAUCCCACAUAGAAUGCAUGGCUAGUACAUUGCUUCAUUCUAAGUGGCAUGUUAGUAUACUGUAGAUAUCGGAACAGCCUGUUUUUUUGUAUUUUUAAUCCUGGUCAGAUUCAAGUCACAUGGUGAGGAAUGGAAAAAGAAAAUUCCUCACCUAAUAAUAUCUGAUAAAAGCGAGAUGAUAAAAUCAUGCCUUGACAGAGCUUGUACAUAUGGUAACCUUCACCUUCCUAACUGCAGUAGAAUAAGGUGGUAGUGACUCAUGGGUUGUUCUUGUCUACUAGAUGAGGAGAACACUACGGAGCACACACCCACUCAUCACAUGCUGCAGCCCCCCCAGGCCGUCUUCCCAGCAUGCAUCUGUGCUGCCGUCUUACCCAUAGUGCACCUGAUGGAGGAUGGGGAGGUGCGAGAGGACGGCGUGGCAGGUGGGUGGCAUCGCGCAACACAACCUGUCAUGUACUGUACUAGAGGGAGGGAGGGAGGGAGGGAGGGGUAGAGGAUGAGAAUAGAAUACAUUCUGUUCAGGGUGAGAUCAGUAACCUGUAGAUACAUUCUGUUCAGGGUGAGAUCAGUAACCUGUAGAUACAUUCUGUACAGGGUGAGAUCAGAAACCUGUAGAUACAUUCUGUACAGGGUGAGAUCAGAAACCUGUAGAUACAUUCUGUACAGGGUGAGAUCAGAAACCUGUAGAUACAUUCUGUUCAGGGUGAGAUCAGUAACCUGUAGAUACAUUGUGUACAGGGUGAGAUCAGUAACCUGUAGAUACAUUGUGUACAGGGUGAGAUCAGUAUCCUGUAGAUACAUUCUGUACAGGGUGAGAUCAGUAACCUGUAGAUACAUUCUGUACAGGGUGAGAUCAGUAACCUGUAGAUACAUUCUGUACAGGGUGAGAUCAGUAACCUGUAGAUACAUUCUGUACAGGGUGAGAUCAGUAACCUGUAGAUACAUUGUGUACAGGGUGAGAUCAGUAACCUGUAGAUACAUUGUGUACAGGGUGAGAUCAGUAACCUGUAGAUACAUUCUGUACAGGGUGAGAUCAGUAACCUGUAGAUACAUUCUGUACAGGGUGAGAUCAGUAACCUGUAGAUACAUUCUGUACAGGGUGAGAUCAGUAACCUGUAGAUACAUUCUGGACAGGGUGAGAUCAGUAACCUGUAUAUACAUUGUGUACAGGGUGAGAUCAGAAACCUGUAGAUACAUUCUGUACAGGGUGAGAUCAGUAACCUGUAGAUACAUUCUGUACAGGGUGAGAUCAGUAACCUGUAGAUACAUUGUGUACAGGGUGAGAUCAGAAACCUGUAGAUACAUUCUGUACAGGGUGAGAUCAGUAACCUGUAGAUACAUUGUGUACAGGGUGAGAUCAGUAACCUGUAGAUACAUUGUGUACAGGGUGAGAUCAGUAACCUGUAGAUACAUUGUGUACAGGGUGAGAUCAGAAACCUGUAGAUACAUUGUGUACAGGGUGAGAUCAGAAACCUGUAGAUACAUUGUGUACAGGGUGAGAUCAGAAACCUGUAGAUACAUUGUGUACAGGGUGAGAUCAGUAACCUGUAGAUACAUUGUGUACAGGGUGAGAUCAGAAACCUGUAGAUACAUUGUGUACAGGGUGAGAUCAGAAACAUGUAGAUACAUUCUGUACAGGGUGAGAUCAGAAACCUGUAGAUACAUUGUGCACAGGGGGAGAUCAGAAACCUGUAGAUACAUUGUGUACAGGGUGAGAUCAGAAACCUGUAGAUACAUUGUGUACAGGGUGAGAUCAGAAACCUGUAGAUACAUUGUGUACAGGGUGAGAUCAGAAACCUGUAGAUACAUUGUGUACAGGGUGAGAUCAGUAACCUGUAGAUACAUUCUGUACAGGGUGAGAUCAGUAACCUGUAGAUACAUUCUGUACAGGGUGAGAUCAGUAACCUGUAGAUACAUUCUGUACAGGGUGAGAUCAGUAACCUGUAGAUACAUUGUGUACAGGGUGAGAUCAGAAACCUGUAGAUACAUUCUGUACAGGGUGAGAUCAGAAACCUGUAGAUACAUUCUGUACAGGGUGAGAUCAGUAACCUGUAGAUACAUUGUGUACAGGGUGAGAUCAGAAACCUGUAGAUACAUUCUGUACAGGGUGAGAUCAGUAACCUGUAGAUACAUUGUGUACAGGGUGAGAUCAGUAACCUGUAGAUACAUUGUGUACAGGGUGAGAUCAGUAACCUGUAGAUACAUUGUGUACAGGGUGAGAUCAGAAACCUGUAGAUACAUUCUGUACAGGGUGAGAUCAGAAACCUGUAGAUACAUUGUGUACAGGGUGAGAUCAGUAACCUGUAGAUACAUUGUGUACAGGGUGAGAUCAGAAACCUGUAGAUACAUUGUGUACAGGGUGAGAUCAGAAACCUGUAGAUACAUUCUGUACAGGGUGAGAUCAGAAACCUGUAGAUACAUUGUGCACAGGGGGAGAUCAGAAACCUGUAGAUACAUUGUGUACAGGGUGAGAUCAGAAACCUGUAGAUACAUUGUGUACAGGGUGAGAUCAGAAACCUGUAGAUACAUUGGGUACAGGGUGAGAUCAGAAACCUGUAGAUACUUUGGGUACAGGGUGAGAUCAGAAACCUGUAGAGACAUUGUGUACAGGGUGAGAUCAGAAACCUGUAGAUACAUUCUGUACAGGGUGAGAUCAGAAACCUGUAGAUACAUUGUGUACAGGGUGAGAUCAGAAACCUGUAGAUACAUUGUGUACAGGGUGAGAUCAGAAACCUGUAGAUACAUUGUGUACAGGGUGAGAUCAGAAACCUGUAGAUACAUUCUGUACAGGGUGAGAUCAGAAACCUGUAGAUACAUUGUGUACAGGGUGAGAUCAGAAACCUGUAGAUACAUUGUGUACAGGGUGAGAUCAGAAACCUGUAGAUACAUUGUGUACAGGGUGAGAUCAGAAACCUGUAGAUACAUUGUGUACAGGGUAGAUCAGAAACCUGUAGAUACAUUCUGUACAGGGUGAGAUCAGAAACCUGUAGAUACAUUGUGUACAGGGUGAGAUCAGAAACCUGUAGAUACAUUGUGUACAGGGUGAGAUCAGAAACCUGUAGAUACAUUGUGUACAGGGUGAGAUCAGAAACCUGUAGAUACAUUGUGUACAGGGUGAGAUCAGAAACCUGUAGAUACAUUGUGUACAGGGUGAGAUCAGAAACCUGUAGAUACAUUGUGUACAGGGUGAGAUCAGAAACCUGUAGAUACAUUGUGUACAGGGUGAGAUCAGAAACCUGUAGAUACAUUUGUACAGGGUGAGAUCAGAAACCUGUAGAUACAUUGUGUACAGGGUGAGAUCAGAAACCUGUAGAUACAUUGUGUACAGGGUGAGAUCAGAAACCUGUAGAUACAUUGCGUACAGGGUGAGAUCAGAAACCUGUAGAUACAUUCUGUACAGGGUGAGAUCAGAAACCUGUAGAUACAUUCUGUACAGGGUGAGAUCAGAAACCUGUAGAUACAUUGUGUACAGGGUGAGAUCAGAAACCUGUAGAUACAUUGUGUACAGGGUGAGAUCAGAAACCUGUAGAUACAUUGUGUACAGGGUGAGAUCAGAAACCUGUAGAUACAUUCUGUUCAGGGUGAGAUCAGAAACCUGUAGAUACAUUCUGUACAGGGUGAGAUCAGUAACCUGUAGAUACAUUGUGUACAGGGUGAGAUCAGAAACCUGUAGAUACAUUCUGUUCAGGGUGAGAUCAGAAACCUGUAGAUACAUUCUGUACAGGGUGAGAUUAGUAACCUGUAGAUACAUUGUGUACAGGGUGAGAUCAGAAACCUGUAGAUACAUUCUGUUCAGGGUGAGAUCAGAAACCUGUAGAUACAUUCUGUACAGGGUGAGAUCAGUAACCUGUAGAUACAUUGUGUACAGGGUGAGAUCAGAAACCUGUAGAUACAUUCUGUACAGGGUGAGAUCAGUAACCUGUAGAUACAUUGUGUACAGGGUGAGAUCAGAAACCUGUAGAUACAUUGUGUACUGGGUGAGAUCAGAAACCUGUAGAUACAUUGUGUACAGGGUGAGAUCAGAAACCUGUAGAUACAUUGUGUACAGGGUGAGAUCAGAAACCUGUAGAUACAUUGUGUACAGGGUGAGAUCAGAAACCUGUAGAUACAUUCUGUUCAGGGUGAGAUCAGAAACCUGUAGAUACAUUCUGUACAGGGUGAGAUCAGUAACCUGUAGAUACAUUGUGUACAGGGUGAGAUCGGAAACCUGUAGAUACAUUGUGUACAGGCUGAGAUCAGAAACCUGUAGAUACAUUGUGUACAGGGUGAGAUCAGAAACCUGUAGAUACAUUGUGUACAGGGUGAGAUCAGAAACCUGUAGAUACAUUCUGUUCAGGGUGAGAUCAGAAACCUGUAGAUACAUUCUAUACAGGGUGAGAUCAGUAACCUGUAGAUACAUUCUGUACAGGGUGAGAUCAGUAACCUGUAGAUACAUUGUGUACAGGGUGAGAUCAGUAACCUGUAGAUACAUUGUGUACAGGGUGAGAUCAGUAACCUGUAGAUACAUUGUGUACAGGGUGAGAUCAGAAACCUGUAGAUACAUUGUGUACAGGGUGAGAUCAGAAACCUGUAGAUACAUUGUGUACAGGGUGAGAUCAGAAACCUGUAGAUACAUUGUGUACAGGGUGAGAUCAGUAACCUGUAGAUACAUUGUGUACAGGGUGAGAUCAGAAACCUGUAGAUACAUUGUGUACAGGGUGAGAUCAGAAACAUGUAGAUACAUUCUGUACAGGGUGAGAUCAGAAACCUGUAGAUACAUUGUGCACAGGGGGAGAUCAGAAACCUGUAGAUACAUUGUGUACAGGGUGAGAUCAGAAACCUGUAGAUACAUUGUGUACAGGGUGAGAUCAGAAACCUGUAGAUACAUUGUGUACAGGGUGAGAUCAGUAACCUGUAGAUACAUUCUGUACAGGGUGAGAUCAGUAACCUGUAGAUACAUUCUGUACAGGGUGAGAUCAGUAACCUGUAGAUACAUUCUGUACAGGGUGAGAUCAGUAACCUGUAGAUACAUUGUGUACAGGGUGAGAUCAGAAACCUGUAGAUACAUUCUGUACAGGGUGAGAUCAGAAACCUGUAGAUACAUUCUGUACAGGGUGAGAUCAGUAACCUGUAGAUACAUUGUGUACAGGGUGAGAUCAGAAACCUGUAGAUACAUUCUGUACAGGGUGAGAUCAGUAACCUGUAGAUACAUUGUGUACAGGGUGAGAUCAGUAACCUGUAGAUACAUUGUGUACAGGGUGAGAUCAGUAACCUGUAGAUACAUUGUGUACAGGGUGAGAUCAGAAACCUGUAGAUACAUUCUGUACAGGGUGAGAUCAGAAACCUGUAGAUACAUUGUGUACAGGGUGAGAUCAGUAACCUGUAGAUACAUUGUGUACAGGGUGAGAUCAGAAACCUGUAGAUACGUUGUGUACAGGGUGAGAUCAGAAACCUGUAGAUACAUUCUGUACAGGGUGAGAUCAGAAACCUGUAGAUACAUUGUGCACAGGGGGAGAUCAGAAACAUGUAGAUACAUUGUGUACAGGGUGAGAUCAGAAACCUGUAGAUACAUUGUGUACAGGGUGAGAUCAGAAACCUUUAGAUACAUUGGGUACAGGGUGAGAUCAGAAACCUGUAGAUACUUUGGGUACAGGGUGAGAUCAGAAACCUGUAGAGACAUUGUGUACAGGGUGAGAUCAGAAACCUGUAGAUACAUUCUGUACAGGGUGAGAUCAGAAACCUGUAGAUACAUUGUGUACAGGGUGAGAUCAGAAACCUGUAGAUACAUUGUGUACAGGGUGAGAUCAGAAACCUGUAGAUACAUUGUGUACAGGGUGAGAUCAGAAACCUGUAGAUACAUUCUGUACAGGGUGAGAUCAGAAACCUGUAGAUACAUUGUGUACAGGGUGAGAUCAGAAACCUGUAGAUACAUUGUGUACAGGGUGAGAUCAGAAACCUGUAGAUACAUUGUGUACAGGGUGAGAUCAGAAACCUGUAGAUACAUUGUGUACAGGGUGAGAUCAGAAACCUGUAGAUACAUUGUGUACAGGGUGAGAUCAGAAACCUGUAGAUACAUUGUGUACAGGGUGAGAUCAGAAACCUGUAGAUACAUUGUGUACAGGGUGAGAUCAGAAACCUGUAGAUACAUUGUGUACAGGGUGAGAUCAGAAACCUGUAGAUACAUUGUGUACAGGGUGAGAUCAGAAACCUGUAGAUACAUUGUGUACAGGGUGAGAUCAGAAACCUGUAGAUACAUUGUGUACAGGGUGAGAUCAGAAACCUGUAGAUACAUUGUGUACAGGGUGAGAUCAGAAACCUGUAGAUACAUUGUGUACAGGGUGAGAUCAGAAACCUGUAGAUACAUUGUGUACAGGGUGAGAUCAGAAACCUGUAGAUACAAUUGUGGUACAGGGUGAGAUCAGAAACCUGUAGAUACAUUGUGUACAGGGUGAGAUCAGAAAACUGAGAUACAUUGUGUACAGGGUGAGAUCAGAAACCUGUAGAUACAUUGUGUACAGGGUGAGAUCCAGAAACCUGUAGAUACAUUCUGGUACAGGGUGAGAUCAGAAACCUGUUAGAUACAUUGUGUACAGGUGAGAUCAGAACUGUAGAUACAUUGUGUACAGGGUGAGAUCAGAAACCUGUAAUACAUUGUGUACAGGGUGAGAUCAGAAACCUGUAGAAUAACAUUUGUGGACAGGGUGAGAUCAGAAAACCUGUAGAUACUUCUGUACAGGGUGAGAUCAGUAACCUGUAGAUACAUUGUGUACAGGGUGAGAUCAGGAAACCUGUAGUACAUUCUGUUCAGGGUGAGAUCAGAAACCUGUAGAUACAUUCUGUACAGGGUGAGAUUAGUAACCUGUAGAUACAUUGUGUACAGGGUGAGAUCAGAAACCUGUAGAUACAUUGUGUACAGGGUGAGAUCAGAAACCUGUAGAUACAUUCUGUACAGGGUGAGAUCAGAAACCUGUAGAUACAUUGUGUACAGGGUGAGAUCAGAAACCUGUAGAUACAUUGUGUACAGGGUGAGAUCAGAAACCUGUAGAUACAUUGUGUACAGGGUGAGAUCAGAAACCUGUAGAUACAUUCUGUUCAGGGUGAGAUCAGAAACCUGUAGAUACAUUCUGUACAGGGUGAGAUCAGUAACCUGUAGAUACAUUGUGUACAGGGUGAGAUCAGAAACCUGUAGAUACAUUCUGUUCAGGGUGAGAUCAGAAACCUGUAGAUACAUUCUGUACAGGGUGAGAUUAGUAACCUGUAGAUACAUUGUGUACAGGGUGAGAUCAGAAACCUGUAGAUACAUUCUGUUCAGGGUGAGAUCAGAAACCUGUAGAUACAUUCUGUACAGGGUGAGAUCAGUAACCUGUAGAUACAUUGUGUACAGGGUGAGAUCAGAAACCUGUAGAUACAUUCUGUACAGGGUGAGAUCAGUAACCUGUAGAUACAUUGUGUACAGGGUGAGAUCAGAAACCUGUAGAUACAUUGUGUACUGGGUGAGAUCAGAAACCUGUAGAUACAUUGUGUACAGGGUGAGAUCAGAAACCUGUAGAUACAUUGUGUACAGGGUGAGAUCAGAAACCUGUAGAUACAUUGUGUACAGGGUGAGAUCAGAAACCUGUAGAUACAUUCUGUUCAGGGUGAGAUCAGAAACCUGUAGAUACAUUCUGGACAGGGUGAGAUCAGUAACCUGUAGAUACAUUGUGUACAGGGUGAGAUCGGAAACCUGUAGAUACAUUGUGUACAGGCUGAGAUCAGAAACCUGUAGAUACAUUGUGUACAGGGUGAGAUCAGAAACCUGUAGAUACAUUGUGUACAGGGUGAGAUCAGAAACCUGUAGAUACAUUCUGUUCAGGGUGAGAUCAGAAACCUGUAGAUACAUUCUAUACAGGGUGAGAUCAGUAACUUGUAGAUACAUUGUGUACAGGGUGAGAUCAGAAACCUGUAGAUACAUUGUGUACAGGCUGAGAUCAGAAACCUGUAGAUACAUUCCGUAGAUACCCAUAAGGCCACUCUAGAAUCCACUGUAACACAACACAUAUUGCCUUUCAACACAAUACACGCUGUUGAAUAAAAUAGAAAAGCAAUGUUUCAGUCUGUCCUGAUAAAACUCAUGAUCCUUCUUCUAUGACCCAUUUCCCAUGAUCCUCCAGUGAGUGCAGUGGCCCAGCAGAUCCUGUGGAACUGUCUGAUCGAAGAUCCCGCCCUGGUGCUCAGGCACUUCCUGGAGAAGCUGACCGUUAGCAAUCGACAGGUAGAGGAGCCUUCGUCCAUCAAAAUACUAAUUUCAGUCUCAUAUGAUAGGACCAAUAGAAUCCUGCCUUCAGAUUGGAUCACAGCUGGGCCCUCUUCAGUAGGGUACAUGUUGUAAAACACUUUGCAACAGAAAACAAAAAUCAAUGUUGUUAUGGACAAAAUCUGUUGUUAGUAGACUACCUCCCUGUUUCAAAACAUUUCAAAACAUUUUCUCUAUACUGAAUACAAAAAAUUACGGGUGGUUCUGACACAAAAAUGUUUUAUGAGACAGAACUCUAAAAGUUCCUUUUUCUUUUUUCAUGUUUUUUUUUUCAUGCUUUUUACAGCAGGCAGGGGAAAAGUUGUACACAGACGUUUCGGUUUGUAUCACCUUCUUCAUGUAUUGGUUUAAGGUUGUUUAAGGAUGACCGUGAUCGUACCUGCUUUUUCCCCCAUUGAACACAACCCCUCAUGUUGUUAAUGUGUUUUUCCGUUGAGUUUGAAUUGACACGUUUCUAUGUGUAUCAGGAUGAGCUGAUGUACAUGCUGAGGAAGCUGUUGAUGAACAUCGGUGACCUCCCGGCCCAGACCUCUCACAUCCUCUUCAACUACCUGGUGAGACAAGACAUCAGUCAAUGUUUAUCAGACAGUAGCAGUUUUGAUCAAUCUGAUGACAAGAUUAAUGAAGAUCUCUCUCUUCCCCCUCUACUUCUCUGUCUGUCUGUCUGUCUGUCUGUCUGUCUGUCUGUGUCUGUCUGUCUCUGUCUGUUUCUGUCUCUCUCUCUGUCGGUCUGUCUCUGGUCUGUCUUCGUCUGUCUGUCGUCUCUCUUCUCGUUUCCUGUCUGUAUGUCUGUGUCUCUGUCUCUCUCCUGUUCUCUGCUCUGUUCUGUCUGUCUGUCUCUCAUCUCUCCAUCUAUCUCUUGUCUUCUUCCUUCUUUUUUGUCUGUCUGUUCUCUCUCUCUCUCUCUCUCUCUCUCUCUCUCUCUCUCUCUCUGUCUGUCUGUCUGUCUGUUCUCUCUCUCUCUCUGUCUCUCUUUCUGUCUGUACCCCAUUUGCCUGUUUGUCUGUCUGUCUGUCUGUCUCUCUCCCCCCCUCCGCCCUCCCUCACUCCCAGGUGGGGCUGAUUAUGUACUUUGUGCGUACCCCGUGUGAGUGGGGUAUGGAUGCCAUCUCGGCCACUCUGACCUUCCUGUGGGAGGUGGUGGGAUACGUGGAGGGGCUCUUCUUCAAGGACCUCAAACAGACCAUGAAGAAGGAGCAGUGUGAGGUCAAGCUGCUGGUCACUGCAUCCAUGCCAGGUAAAGGUCACUGGAUGCCCAUGGGAGCCCUGUCAUUUGACUGUGUCCCAUAGUAUAAUGUUGACUGUUACAUGUGGGUAAUACAGUAAAUCAUGUAUGUCCUUGUAGGAACCAAGACCCUUGUAGUCCAUGGGCAGAAUGAGUGUGAUAUUCCUACCCAGUUGCCUGUACACGAGGACACUCAGUUUGAAGCCUUGCUCAAGGUAAGUUCUCAUUAUAGAGUUGAUCUGCAUUCUACAGAUCAUGACAGAAUGAACCUUCUUAGGGAUACACUGAAGCCAUCCCCAAUGCUUUGACCUCUUUCUCUUCCCUGACAGGAGUGUCUGGAGUUCUUCAACAUUCCUGAGUCUCGGUCUGCGCACUACUUCCUCAUGGACAAGCGCUGGAACCUCAUUCACUAUUCCAAGGUUGGACUUCCCAUCCGUUUUCAAGCAGUGUUAUGAACUGUGACAUUAUGUGGAGAUGUCUAGAAUGACCAUGAGAGUGUCUUCUCCGUCAGCGACUACAUAAUGUGAUGUCUGUCUGUCUCUCCUUUAGACCUUUGUGAGGGAUAUCUAUCCGUUCAGGAGGUCUGUGUCUCCCCAGCUCAACCUGGUCCACAUGCUGCCAGAGAAAGGACAGGAACUCAUUCAGAAACAGGUACAGCAUGUGAUUGUGUGUGUUAGUAGUGCGUUGUGUUUCAGGUUCAAAACUCACAGUUAAAGCCACACUUUGCAAUGUGUGCACUACACCAAAGAGGACAUACAGUAUAAAUGACUGAAAAUAUCACAACUGUGGCUUUAACAUUUUGAGAACUGUGACCAAGCAAGAGAACCUUCUGUUUGUCUGUCCAUAUCUUUACUGGUGCCUGUCUCAGCCUCUUGUGCAUACUCAGUGUCUCCCCCUCAUAUCGCUCUCUCGCUCCCUCCCCUCUCUCCCUCUCUCCCCUCUCUCCCUCUCUCCCUCUCUCUCCCUCUCUCCCUCUCUCCCUCUCCCCUCCCCUCUCUCCCUCUCUCCCCUCUCUCCCUCUCUCUCCCCUCCCUCCCCUCCCCUCUCUCCCUCUCUCCCUCUCUCUCCCCUCCCCUCCCCUCCCCUACCCUCUCUCCCUCUCCCUCCCUCUCCCCUCCCCUCCCCCCCUCUCCCUCCUCCUCUCCUCCCCUCUCUCUCCCCUCCCCUCCCCUCCCUCUCCCCUCCCCUCUCUCCCUCUCUCUCCCCUCCCCUCCCCUCUCUCCCCAGGUGUUUUCCCGUAAACUGGAGGAGGUGGGCCGUGUUCUAUUCCUUAUCUCCCUAACCCAGAACAUGCCAGCCAUCCACAAACAGUCCCAUGUGUCCAUGCUCCAAGAGGACCUGCUCCGCCUGCCCUCCUUCCCCCGCACGGCCAUUGACGGAGAGUUCUCUCUCUUCAGCGAGCCACAGGGUAAGACUGGAGUGGACGCUAUCUUGAAUGGUACCUGAAUGAACAAACAAGACAAUAAAGAGAGAUUAUCAGGUUUGGGGGCAAUUCCAUUUUAAUUCCGGUCAAUUCAGGAAGUACAUCGAAAUUCCAAUUCCAAUUCUCUUCAAUGCUUUUCAAUGACGACAACUUGGAAUUGGAAUUUGGUUUACUUUCUGAAUUGACUGGAAUUGAAAUGGAAUUGACCCCAACCCUGGAGAUUAGUUGCAUUUUAAAAUGAAGAUGUACUGCAGUAAAGUACUGUACUACAUUGUGUAUCUGUGGUGCAUCUUCAAAGUAGACAACACAGAUCACAAAACAAAAGUCUACAAACACUUGGAAAGCAUAAACGCUAGAUGUUUCAAAAAGUAUUCAGUGCAAAGGGACUGAGUUAGCCACAUAUUGUGCCCUCCUCUCCCCAGGCAAGGAGCUCUUCGGCCUGGACACUCUCCACAAAGUCCUGUGGAUCAAACUACUAGAAGAGAUGUUUCUGGGCAUGCCCAGUGAGUACCCGUGGGGGGAUGAGAUCAUGCUCUUCCUGAACGUGUUCAACGGCGCCCUGCUGCUACACCCCGAGGACAGCGCCCUCCUCAGGCAAUACACGGCUACUGCCAUUAAUACGGCCGUCCACUUCAACCACCUGUUCUCCCUGAGUGGAUACCAGUGGCUCCUCCCCACAAUGUUGCAGGUGGGUAGUACAGAUCUAGGAUCCGUUUACAGGUCCAGCAGGUUGAUGUUCUCCAUUAGAGGCUGAAAAUGCUGAACUGAUCUUAGAGCAGUUUCAUGGUGCUACUUCAUCCACCUGCUAAAAUACAUUUAGCCUCCCUAAAUCCUAACCCCAACCAUUAGUCACACUGCGCCCGUCGACCAUUGACAUCGAAAGGGUCCUUCAUUUGAGUCAAAUAUUUGGUCUCUUGUGUUUUGUGUUUGUUUAUAAGUGAAAACCAAUAAACAAUCGAUCAUAUGCACGUUUCUUCACGUAUUCAGUUUUAGAUUCGUUUCCUGGUAAAAUCAUUUCAAAUCACUCAUAAUGAAUGCCUGGGUUCUCAAUGUGACUCAUAUUGGUGCUGAAAGGACAGAACUUUCAACUGUUUUUUGACAGUUCAUUGGGGUCUAUGUGUCACGCCUGCUCCCGCUCCCCCUUCCUGGCGCUCGAGGGCGCCAGGCUGCCCAUCAUUACGCACACCUGUCACCAUCGUUACGUGCAUCAGCGCUCAUUGGACUCACCUGGACUCCUUCCCUUUGUUCAUUACCUCCCCUAUAUCUGCUGAUCCUCUGUUUGAUCCCCUGUCAGCAUUGAUAUUGUUUCGUUUCCCCUGUCCAGACGCGGUCCGUGUUUUGUUCCUGUCUGUUUUUUCCAUUAAAUGUUCACUCCCUAUACUUGCUUCACGUCUCCCAGCGUCUGUCCUCACACUAUGUUUUCUUUCGCACGAGAUCGAUGAACAAAAUGUAUAAAGAGGUAAUUGCUUAUAAAUAUUCCUAGGCCUAGCCAAAAUGGGUUUUAAGGGAACAUUCACAGAGAUAUAUUAACUAGGUUAAUAAUCUGUUUUCUUCGGUGGGGGACCCAUAGAGAACGCGCAUGGGAAAUGUUUAGUCCUGCAUUAAACUAUACCAGUUUAUAAUUGUAUGAUAGACUCAAUCACAAGAAAAGAUUGGAAAUGAAUGUUAGCGUUGCUGUUAACUGGUAGUUUAGCUGCUGAGAGAGACGUUAAACCCCCAGAUCUGGAACAUCAUUUUUUACAAAUUUGUUUGACGUGAAACCGUCACUUUCUUAGAGAUUGAUUGAAGACAGAAUACAAGGAUGUUAAUAGGAAUGGAUGUCGACCUGGAUGGUGUAAUAGAUUAUUCCAUUUGUUUCCACAGAUGAAAGAAGACGAAAGAAAGACAGAAAUAGCCUGAUGCAGCAAAAUUCAGAUACUAGAUAACUGGACAAAAUGCACUAACUAAUUGAUAAAAUAAGAAAUAUAUCCAUAGAGAGCGCCUGCAUCCUAAAUGUGACUGGGAAUGGUUGCUGAAAUGACAGCUCAUGCUCAAUGAGAAGUGGUCGAGCUUUUCUUUUCACCGGCCUGUCAAUUACAAAAUAACAGACCUGGGUUUGUUAUUAGACCAUUCAUGUAUUUAAACAAUAUUCCUUUGAAAAUACAAGUAGAUGAAUAUUGGAAUGUACAGUUGAAGUCAGAAGUUUACAUACACUUAGGUUGGAGUCAUUAAAACUUGUUUUUCAACCACUCCACAAAUUUCUUGUUAACAAACUAUAGUUUUGGCAAGUCAGUUAGGACAUCUACUUUGUGCAUGACACAAGUAAUUUUUCCAACAAUUGUUUACAGACAGAUUAUUUCACUUAUAAUUCACUGUAUCACAAUUCCAGUGGGUCAGAAGUUUACAUACACUAAGUUGACUGUGCCUUUAAACAGCUUGGAAAAUUCCAGAAAAUGAUGUAAUGGCUUUAGAAGCUUCUGAUAGGCUAAUUUACAUCAUUUGAGUCAAUUGGAGGUGUACCUGUGGAUGUAUUUCAAGGCCUACCUUCAAACUCAGUGCCUCUUUGCUUGACAUCAUGGGAAAUCAAAAGAAAUCAGCCAAAACCUCUGAGGAAAAAUUGUAGACCUCCACAAGUCUGGUACAUCCUUCGGAGCAAUUUCCAAACGCCUGAAGGUACUGAGUUCAUCUGUACAAACAAUAGUAUGCAAGUAUAAACACCAUGGGACCAAGCAGCCAUCAUACCGCUCAGGAAGGAGACGUGUUCUGUCUCCUAGAGAUGAACGUACUUUGGUGCGAAAAGUGCAAAUCAAUCCCAGAACAACAGCAAAGGACCUUGUGAAGAUGCUGGAGGAAACAGGUACAAAAGUAUCUAUAUCCACAGUAAAAUGAGUCCUAUAUCGACAUAACCUGAAAGGCCACUCAGCAAGGAAGAAGCCACUGCUCCAAAACCGCCAUAAAAAAGCCAAACUACGGUUUGCAACUGCACAUGGGUACAAAGAUCAUACUUUUUGGAGAAAUGUCCUCUGGUCUGAUGAAACAAAAAUAGAACUGUUUGGCAUUAAUGACCAUCGUUAUGUUUGGAGGAAAAAGGCGGUGGGGGGGGGGGAUUGCAAGCCGAAGAACACCAUCCCAACCUUGACGCACAGGUGUGUGUCACGAUCGUCGAAGGAGGAGGACCAAGGCGCAGCGUGAUAUUCGUACAUACUUAUUUUAUUAAGUGCACACAAAAAACUAAACAACAAACGAUAACGUGACGUCCUAGGUCUAACACAACCAACACGGAACAAGAUCCCACAACUACUGUGGGAAAACAACCUGUCUAAAUGUGGUUCCCAAUCAGAGACAACCAGCAACAGCUGACACUUGUUGCCUCUGAUUGAGAACCACUCUGGCCAACAUAGAAAUACAACAACUAGAAUCUACAACACAGAACACAAACACAUAGAAUCUACACACCCUGGCUCAACAUAUAGAGUCCCCAGAGCGGACUGCGACCGCGCCUAAACAUAAACCAAACAGGGGAGGGCUGGGUGGGCAUUCCUCCUCGGAGGCGGUUCCGGCUCCGGGCUUGACCACCACCCUCCAACAAUCCCCCCGUAGCGCCCCUGGUCCGGUCUGGCCCCGCUGGCUGGAGCUGGACUGGACAUCGUAGGAGCGGAUUGCUUAGGCUCCGGUGUGGAGCAGCUGACCGGUACCUGACCAGGCACCGGUGACCCAGGCACGGGUUGUGCCGGACUGACGACGCGCACCCCUGGUUUGGUGCGUGGAGCAGGAACGGGCCGGACCGGGCUGACGACGCACACCCCUGGCUUGGUGCGUGGAGCAGGAACGGGCCGGACCGGGCUGACGAUGCGCGCCCCUGGCUUGGUGCGUGGAGCAGCAACGGGCCGGACCGGGCUGACGAUGCGCACCCCUGGCUUGGUGCGGGGAGCAGGAACGGGCCGUACCGGGCUGACGAUGCGCACCCCUGGCUUGGUGCGUGGAGCAGGAACGGGCCCUACCGGGCUGACGAUGCGCACCCCUGGCUUGGUGCGUGGAGCAGGAACGGGCCGUACCGGGCUGACGAUGCGCACCCCUGGCUUGGUGCGUGGAGCAGGAACGGGCCGGACCGGGCUUACGAUGCGCACCCCUGGCUUGGUGCGGGGAGCAGGAACAGGCCGGGCCGGGCUGGCGACGCGCACCGUAGUCUUGGUGCGAGGGGCAGGAACAGGCCGGGCCGGGCUGGCGACGCGCACCAUUAGCUUGGUGCGGGGAGCAGGAACAGGCCGGGCCGGGCUGGCGACGCGCACCGUAGGCUUGGUGCGAGGGGCAGGAACAGGCCGGGCCGGGCUGGCGACGCGCACCAUUAGCUUGGUGCGGGGAGCAGGAACAGGCCGGGCCGGGCUGGCGACGCGCACCGUAGGCUUGGUGCGAGGGGCAGGAACAGGCCUGGCCGGGCUGGCGACGCGCACCAUUAGCUUGGUGCGGGGAGCAGGAACAGGCCGGGCCGGGCUGGCGACGCGCACCGUAGUCUUGGUGCGAGGGGCAGGAACAGGCCGGGCCGGGCUGGCGACGCGCACCAUUAGCUUGGUGCGGGGAGCAGGAACAGGCCGGGCCGGGCUGGCGACGCGCACCGUAGGCUUGGUGCGGGGAGCAGGAACAGGCCGGGUCGGGCUGGCAACGCGCACCAUUGGCUUGGUGCGGGGAGCAGGAACAGGCCGGGCCGGGCUGGCGACGCACACCGUAGGCUUGGUGCGAGGGACAGGAACAGGCCGGGCCGGGCUGGCGACGCGCACCGUAGGCUUGGUGCGAGGGACAGGAAUAGGCCGGACCGUACUGGGAACACACACCACUGGCCUUAAACGGGGAUCAGGAACAGGCCGGACCGGACUGGCAAUACACCUCAGUACCUCUCGCCGUGCCUCUACAUCUUCCUUCCCUUUUCUCACCAAUGGCUCCCGUAACCCGGUGGCCUUUUCUCCUCGUCCACGAACUCGCCCCUUCUCUGCCUCCAGCAGCCCCGUCGUCCAUGCCAUGUGCCCCCCCCUAAAAAAAUGUUGGGGGUGCCUCUCGCCUGUCCGACCACGGCCCGGUUGGCGCCGCUUCUCCUCUCCUGCCUGGGUCUCCCCCUUCAUAGCCCUCCGGCAACGGACGGCCUCCUCCUCCGUAAUCUGCCCCCAACCGAGGAGGAUAUCUACUAAUGUUACCUCCUGCGUGUGUUCCUGGACACGCUGCUUGGUCCUGGUGUGGUGGGAUCUUCUGUCACGAUCGUCGAAGGAGGAGGACCAAGGCGCAGCGUGAUAUUCGUACAUACUUAUUUUAUUAAGUGCACACAAAAAACUAAACAACAAACGAUAACGUGACGUCCUAGGUCUAACACAACCAACACGGAACAAGAUCCCACAACUACUGUGGGAAAACAGCCUGUCUAAAUGUGGUUCCCAAUCAGAGACAACCAGCAACAGCUGACACUCGUUGCCUCUGAUUGAGAACCACUCUGGCCAACAUAGAAAUACAACAACUAGAAUCUACAACACAGAACACAAACACAUAGAAUCUACACACCCUGGCUCAACAUAUAGAGUCCCCAGAGCCAGGGUGUGACAGUGUGGCAGCAUCAUGCUGUGGGGGUGCUUUGCUGCAGGAGGGACUGGUGCACUUCACAAAAUAGAUGGCAUCAUGAAGAAGGAAAAUUAUGUGGAUAUAUUGAAGCAACAUCUCAAGACAUCAGUCAGGAAGUUAAAGCUUGGUCGCAAAUGGGUCUUCCAAAUGAACAAUGACCCCAAGCAUACUUCCAAAGUUGUGGCAAAAUGGCUUAAGGACAACAAAGUCAAGGUAUUGGAGUGGCCAUCACAAAGCCCUGACCUCAAUCCUAUAGAAAAUGUGUGGGCAGAACUGAAAAAGUGUGUGCGAGCAUGGAGGCUUACAAACCUGACUCAGUUACACCAGCUCUGUCAGAAAGAACGGGCCAAAAUUCACCCAACUUAUUGUGGGAAGCUUGUGGAAGGCUACCCAAAACGUUUGACCCAAGUUAAAUAAUUUAAAGGCAAUGCUACCAAAUACUAAUUGAGUGUAUGUAAACUUCUGACCCACUGGGAAUGUGAUGAAAGAAAUAAAAGCUGAAAGAAAUUAUUCUCUCUACUAUUAUUCUGACAUUUCACAUUCUUAAAAUAAAGUGGUGAUCCUAACUGACCUAAAACAGGGAAUUUUUACUAGGAUUAAAUGUCAGGAAUUGUGAAAAACUGAGUUUAAAUGUAUUUGGCUAACUUGUAUGUAAACUUCCGACUUCAACUGUAUUUGGAAAUACUUUUGGAAAGUAUUGGCAUGUAGGUUUAGUUGAAAAUACUGAAAUACACAGAUGGGUGUAUUUUCAAAUACAAAUAUUGAAAUACUUCAUGCAUUUGAACCCUGGUCUGUUUGGUCCUAGGAGUAUUUGAAAUGUAUUUGGAAACAAGUACUUUAAAAUAGUUUAAAAUAGUAUUUAUAGAAAAUUAUUUGAAUACUUCAAAUAGAAGUAGUUGAUUCGGCCACAUUAUUUGAAAAUACUUAAAUACAGUAAAUAAGUAUUUAAAAUACAAAUACUUAAAUGCUCAUGUAUUUGAACCGGAGGACUGAUGCCAAGAUGCUGCUUCAACCCAGCUUUAGGAGGCCACAGAAAAUGCAGCCCAAAUCCCCAAAUUAAUUUUGAAUUGUGCCUACACAUGGUGUUACAAUAUGACAAUGCCUUCUUACAAGUUCGUAUGAUUUCUCCCUGUAAUGUGUUGUAGGCCUAUGGUGACUAUGAGAGUAACCCACUGUAAUGUGUUGUAGGCCUAUGGUGACUAUGAGAGUAACCCACUGUAAUGUGUUGUAGGCCUAUGGUGACUAUGAAAGUAACCCACUGUAAUGUGUUACAGGCCUAUGCUGACUAUGAGAGUAACCCACUGCUGAGACAGGGGAUAGAGUUCUGCUGCAGACAGUUCUACAUCCUGCACCGUAAACCCUUCAUCCUCCAGCUGUUUGCCAGCGUGGCCCCACUGCUGGAGUUCACAGUAAGUGUGUGUGCAUCUCUCUGAUUCAGAGGGCUUGGGUUAAAUGCAGAAGACACAUUUCGGUUGAAUGCAUUCAGUUGUGCAGCUGACUAGGUAUCCCCUUUACAUGAUAAGCCUAUCUGCAUCUGCGUGUGUUGUCUGACCAUGUGACUGUGUCUCCCUCCCAGACGUGCACCAGUACAGGCCUGUCUAAGGGGGUGUCUGCUCAGUGCCUGUUUGACCUGCUGGUCUCUCUGGAGGGAGAGACACGUGAUACCCUGGAUGCCCUGGAGCUGGUUAAGGCUGAGAAACCCCUACGAUCCCUGGGUAAACACCACCACCUCAACCCCCCUGGGUCCCAUCCCUCAGGGCUAUUAGAUCAUUAGAGGUUGUGUCCGAAAUGGCACUCUAUUCAAUAUCCUGUAUGCCAUUUAUCAGACGCUUCUAUCCAAAGUGACUUACAGUCAUGCAUGCAUACAUUGUACAUACAGAUGGCCCCGGGAAUCAAACCCACCAUCCUGGCACUGCAAGCACCAUGCUCUACUAACUGAGCUACUGAGGAUCACACUCCCUAUACUGUGCUACUUGUGACCAGCCCAAAUAGUUUUGCUGGCAUGGCCCAUUGUUUUUUGUUAUGACAGCGUGAGCUGAUCAGGAGAAAAUAAAAACUUAGGGACCUAGUUAUAGACUCUAACUAAGGCCUGGAGUUUCUCCUUGUCAGGUUUCUCUAGUUAUAGACUCUUACUAAGGCCUGGAGUUUCUCCUUGUCAGGUUUCUCUAGUUAUAUACUCUUACUAAGGCCUGGAGUUUCUCCUUGUCAGGUUUCUCUAGUUAUAGACUCUUACUAAGGCCUGGAGUUUCUCCUUGUCAGGUUUCUUCUAGUUAUAGACUCUUACUAAGGCCUGGAGUUUCACCUUGUCAGGUUUCUCCUAGUUAAUAGACUCUUACUAAGGCCUGGAGUUUCUCCUUGUCAGGUUUCUCUAGUUAUAGACUCAGGCCUGGAGUUUCUCCUUGUCAGGUUUCUCUAGUUAUAGACUCUUACUAAGGCCUGGAGUUUCUCCUUGUCAGGUUUCUUCUAGUUAUAGACUCUUACUAAGGCCUGGAGUUUCACCUUGUCAGGUUUCUCCUAGUUAAUAGACUCUUACUAAGGCCUGGAGUUUCUCCUUGUCAGGUUUCUCUAGGUAUAGACUCAGACCUGGAGUUUCUCCUUGUCAGGUUUCUUCUAGUUAUAGACUCAGGCCUGGAGUUUCUCCUUGUCAGAUUUCUCUUAGUUAUAGACUCAGGCCUGGAGUUUCACCUUGUCAGGAUUCUCCUAGUUAUAGACUCUUACUAAGGCCUGGAGUUUCUCCUUGUCAGGUUUCUCUUAGUUAUAGACUCUUGCCUGGAGUUUCACCUUGUCAGGAUUCUCCUAGUUAUAGACUCUUACUAAGGCCUGGAGUUUCUCCUUGUCAGGUUUCUCCUAGUUAUAGACUCUUACUAAGGCCUGGAGUUUCUCCUUGUCAGGUUUCUUCUAGUUAUAGACUCUUACUAAGGCCUGGAGUUUCUCCUUGUCAGGUUUCUCCUAGUUAUAGACUCUUACUAAGGCCUGGAGUUUCUCCUUGUCAGGUUUCUCUAGUUAUAGACUCUUACUAAGGCCUGGAGUUUCUCCUUGUCAGGUUUCUCUAGUUAUAGACUCUUACUAAGGCCUGGAGUUUCUCCUUGUCAGGUUUCUCCUAGUUAUAGACUCUUACUAAGGCCUGGAGUUUCUCCUAGUUAUAGUCAACAAUAGAACUUGACUGAUAAUGGUAAUGUUCUUCCUACAGCAUAUCUUAAGGCCUGAAAGUGCUUCAGCAUGAAUUCAAUUGGUUCUAUCUGUUUCAGACUUCUGCUAUGGUAGUGAGGACCUGGCCUUCUCCAUCAGUGAGUCCAUCAAGCUGUGUGUGACGGUAGUGGCCUACGCCCCAGAGUCUUUCAGGAGGUGUGGCUUCACUUCACAUCACUCACCACCAGCCCAAUAUAGCAACAUUGUACAGUAGGCUUAGUAUAUGUUAACACCCUCUCCUAUCUUCUCCUGUGUGUGUUUUCAUGCCUGCGUGUGUGUGUGUGUAUGUGUUUAUGCGUUGUGUGUGUGCACUGUAUCAGUCUACAGAUGCUGAUGGUGCUGGAGGCCCUGGUGCCGUGUUUUCUCCAGAAGCUGAAGAGCAACACCAUGACCAUGGAGUCAGCCUCGGCAGCGCGGGACGAGAUCGCCGCCAUCGCCGCCCUGGCCACCUCCCUGCAAGCCCUGCUCUACAGCUCAGAGACCCUCACACGGUCAGACACACACACGCACACACACAUACAUACAUACACAAACACACACACACACACACACACACACACACACACACACACACACAUACAAGCACAAGCUAUGCAUCUGAUAAGCAGAUAUGGCCCAUCAUGUGUUCCAGCCCUAAUUGAAAGUGACAUUUGUCAUUUUUCUCCUCCAUCUCCCCUCCCCUCCAUCUCUCCUCCCCUCCAUCUCUCCUCCCCUCCAUCUCCCCUCCCCUCCAUCUCCCCUCCCCUCCAUCUCUCCUCCCCUCCAUCUCUCCUCCCCUCUAUCUCCCCUCCCCUCCAUCUCCCCUCCAUCUCUCCUCCCCUCCAUCUCCUCUCCUCCAUCUCUCCUCCCCUCCAUCUCCCCUCCCCUCCAUCUCCCCUCCCCUCCAUCUCCUCUCCUCCAUCUCUCCUCCCCUCCAUCUCCCCUCCCCUCCAUCUCUCCUCCCCUCCCACCCCUCUCAGGCCUAUGACUGCCCCCCAGUUGAGUCGCUGUGACCAGGGACACAAAGGGGCAACGACUGCCAACCACGCCAUGUCUGGAGGACCCAACACCAGGUGUGGAGUAGCCUACUGUAGGCAUGGUCCAUUAGGGUGCCAUUUUGGACACAGUCCGGCAGGUGUAAAGUCCAUUACUUAUUUCACCUUCAUUUAAGUCUCUUAAAGACACUGUACCAUGUGGUAGUUGUUAUGAACAUAUUGUUGUUUUAUUACUUUUCCUAAUUUUCUUAAUAACUAAAAGACAUAAAUGUAGUGUUGUUGAUGUUCCUGGAUGCUGUUUUUCUGUAGUGAUAUCAAUUCACUCAAAGACAAUAGAAGAUGUCCCAUCUGUUUAUACCACAAUUGGUAUAAAUGAUCAUGUUUCAUGGAUGCUUGUUUGUGUCGUGUACUCGUGUUGCUUGGUGUCAAUGUCAGUCGCCUUGUGUCCGGCAUCAGGGACAACCUUCACCUGUUGGAGGAGGGCCAGGGGAUGCCCCGCGAGGAGCUGGACGAGCGCAUCGCCCGCGAGGAGUUCCGCCGGCCCAGGGAGUCCCUCCUGAACAUCUGCACAGAGUUCUACAAGCACUGCGGCCCGCGCCUCAAGAUCCUGCAGAACGUGGCCGGGGAACCCCGUGUCACCGCCUUGGAGCUGCUGGACAUCAAGUCCCACAUGAGGUGACUGGUUGGAUUUAGUGCAUAGUUUUUUAACCAGGUGGAAACUAUCCUAAUUGAAUGCCCAUUGUGAAGCACCCACCUGGGUGACAGUGGCCACGUGUGAGAUACACUUUAACCAUGUAUGACAUCGCUAUUCACUGUGACAUGGUAUUGACUCAUACAGGGACCUGAUUUGACCUGAUUUGCAGAAACUUCUAUAAUUGUGCGUGUGUGAUUGUGUGUGUACAAUAUGUAUGCCUUUAUGUGUGGGUGUGAGUGCGGUGUGUGUGUGUAAUUCCCUGACCCUGCGUGCGGUUGUGCAUGUGUAUAUGAUUGCGUGUGUGUUUUUGUGUAUGAUCGUGUGUGUGUGUGUGUGUGUGUGUGUGGUUAUGUGUUUUCCCCCAGAUUGGCAGAGAUCGCCCACUCCCUCCUCAAGCUGGCCCCCUACGACAGCCUGACCAUGGAGAGCCGAGGCCUACGCCGCUACGUCACCGAGAUGCUGCCCAUCACCGAUUGGUCGUCCGAGGCCGUGCGGCCCGCCCUCAUCCUCAUCCUGAAGCGGCUCGACCGCAUGUUCAACAAGAUCCACAAGAUGCCUACGCUCAGGUGCGCUCGCCCACAGGCUCUGUGCUCCAGGUCUGUUGCCGCGCUGCGCGCCCUUUAA